CUUGAAUUAGAAAAGUCCAGGUCUAACAGUGGAUCUGUGAAGAUACCCGAAAUUAAAGAGACUGAGGCAAAAGAACCAGAAAUCACCGUGACAACUCCAGAUAUGAUUACUGUAGAAUUUAUUGAAAGAGAAAACGAGGAAAGUCGCGAAAAAGAUACGGAAAAUCAUGAAUUACAUGAGAGGAGUGAGCUAGAGAGUAAGAAUGAUGAAACAGCUGUCGAGAACGAGAAAGAUCAUGACGAACCAACCGCCGAAAUCAAUUAA